UUAUUUAUUUAACUGCAGUUUGCACACUUAAGUGUUUCAAAAUUACAAAUGCACUGGUUUAGACACAUGAGGGCUCAACUAAAUGUAUAAAUGAGACAUUAUGAACUGAAUAUAGAUUAAAAAAAAAAAUAGUUGUAGGCCUAUAAUCAUGAAAUUGUGAAAUGAAAUGCAAUACAUUUCAGCUCAUUAUUAUGAAACGUUUUUGAUUUUGAAAUAAAAACGUAAAACAUAAAAAUAGCCUGUAAUAAACAGUUUAUUUCACAAUGUCAUAGUUAUACUUCAUACUUAGUCUGAAUUUAUUCAUGAGUAAUAAUGCCUUCAUUUAUAUAAACAAUUUGGAUCCCCAUGAAGACACCGCCUCCAUGUUGUGGUCGUACCGCCGGUGUCCGCCAGGCGGCGGCAUCUCGCUCAGCACACUCGGGUGCCAGAGCAGGUGCGCCGAGGUGAGGCAACGCGGAGAGCUCGGGUGUUUCCGUUGCGGCUCGGCAGUAUGGAUGUGGGAAUGCGGUUGCCGGAGCCAUCGGGCAUUGCUGGACACUCGGUGGAGAUGUGCGCACAGAAACAGGAGCCCUCAGCGGUUGGCUGUCGUCCACGUUAACGGGCUGUUUUGGGGAUGUGGUUUGGAUCCCCGGACGGCUGGGUGUCGCUAGGAACAGGGCAGCUGGGGUUUAUUUCCCCCAUUUUCCCGGGGAUUUUCUAUCUUGUAGGGGAGACGGAAUGAGAGAGAAGCCAAGAAGGAUUCCCCAGCACUAUGGAGCCACGCAUUGCAGGCAGCGUGACAAUGAAAUAAAAUGCAAAGCAUCUGACACUCAACUGUAAACCUUUACCUGGUGCUGCUGCAGGACUGACGAUACGUGACAGCAUCAAGAUCUACUAAUGUCCCACAAUUGUGGAGUUUGUGAAGCCAACAGCAGCAUCAUGUUCUACGGUUCUUCCUCUGGGGCCAGUAUGUCCCUACCAUCCAAGAGCCGCCUGAAACGCCAGAGCAGGACCUUCACACAGGUCCUGUACCGCACUCUGAGUUACAGAGACCGUGUCCCAGUAGAAACUGGAACAAACACUCGUGGGGACAGGCGCUCCACGAACGAUCCCCCAGAGCGACCGGCGGACGACCCAGCUGAACUCUCCACACAGAGCUCGGCCCCUGGGGUGCUGAAGAUUUUUGGAGAUGAAAUUUGUGCUGGUGCCAACUACAAGAGCGUCCUGGCCACGCCACACUCCAGUGCUCAGGAACUGGUCAAAGAGGCACUCGAGCGUUACUCGCUCAACAAGAACGCUGCCCACUCGUACGUCCUGUGCGACGUGAUCGGGCAUUUUGAGGGGGGAGGCGGGAUAGGAGGUGGCGGGUGGCGAACUGAAUGCUUGCGUGCGCUGGGGGACAAUGAAAAGCCACUGUUGCUCCAAGAGCUGUGGAAACCCAGAGAAGGACACGCUCGCAGAUUUGAGCUGCGCAGGAGAGCAGAGGUGGAGGAACUCAACGCCAAGGAGAAGGACACCAUCACUGCUGAUAUUAAUGCUCAGGCUCGUAAGCUCCAGAGGAACAGGGCGAAGGGGACGCUGACCCUGCCACGGUCAAGCAACUCAUCCUUCUGCCGCAGCCUCAGCGAGACCAGCCUCAACCAGCUGGGAGUGGGAGAGGAGCCCAAACGUUAUUACUCCACCCUGCCAGGGCCCUUAAGGUGUCGAGAACGUGAGGCGGCCUCCAGCAGCCGGAGGAAAGAAGAGGGGAGUCAGGGGGGAGGAGGGGUGAGGCACUCGCUUUACCAGUCCCCUCACAUCCUGCUGCUACAGGGAUACAAUCAGCAGGACUGUUUGGUGUACCUGCUGAACAGAGAGCAGCACACAGUCGGUCAGGAGACUCCGUCAGCUCGCCCCAACAUCUGCCUCUUUUCUCCUGACAUCCUGCCCCUCCACUGCCGCCUGCGCAGAGUCCCCGCACCCCGUCGUCAUGCCAAUAACAACAACAAGGGUGAAAAGCUGGUUGAGAGUCAGCGGUUCUCCGUUGCUGUGGAGCCAGUACUCCACGCCACAGUUCUGGUGAACUUUUCCCGCUGCGAGCGCUCCACCACGCUGCGUCACGGUGACCUCCUCUCCUUUGGAGCACAUUACAUCUUCCUGUACAAAGACCCCACGGGCGCUAAGCCUUUGCCGGCUCAGACCUUGGCACGCCUUCGCUCUCUGGGGCAGCUUUACGAUACAGGGGUGGAGGAGGGAGACAGUCAGACAUGUAAGAUGUGUGGUUCUGUGCUGAAGGACAAAGCAGCACAGGUGUCAAGUGCUCCGGCAGUCAGACGCAGCUUCAAACCUCACCUGAUAAAAUCCCGCAGUGGAGCGCCUGCGGUGGGAGGGCCCCUUAGUUUGUCAGGAGGGGAAGGAGGAGGAGGAGGAGGAGGAGGAAGAGGAGGUCAGAAAAGAAGGCUACAGCUGGAUUUUGACCAGGCUCAUGAAGACCAGCUGUUAAACAGGAUUGUGUCUCUUAUAGAACCUGGAGGAGAUGACCAUAAGCUGACACCUGCCUACCUGCUGUGUCUGUGCAUACAACACUCUGCAUCAACCUUCCCACCCGGGAGUUUUGGAAAACUGUUGCUGAAGAUUGUACGACGAAUCCAGACCAUUGCAUGGGAGAAGACAAAGGAGCUGGCUCAGAAGCAAGCUCAGCACCAGGACCCGGCCUCCCUGUCUCUGCUCAGUAUCUCAGACUUGGUACCAGACCUGCAGACCAUAUUCUUCUGGAUGUCUAACUCCAUCGAGAUCCUCUACUUUAUACAGCAAAGAGCACCAGCAUACACACACAGCAUAGAGACACUGCAAGGGUCAAAGGAGUCGUUGCUAUCGGCAACCAUAUCCGCCAAUGAGGAGGCAAUGACUAUCUUGGAAGAAGUGAUCAUGUACACUUUCCAGCAAUGUGUCUACUAUAUCACCAAGGCUCUUUAUGUAGUGUUACCAGGGUUGUUAGACUGUAAUCCAUUCCCGGUCGACAGCUCUGAGCCCUGUUGGAAAGGAGGUGUAGGGUUUCCAGAACCCAUACGCAGGGUCCUGCAGGUGUUUCAGAAUACCCAGGAGCUCUUGCAGGGCUACCAGGUCCACCCGGAGAUCCAGGCUCAGAUGUUUGCAUACCUCUUCUUCUUCUCCAACGUGUCGCUAUUUAACCAGAUGAUGGACAAAGGUCCAUCUCGGGGUUGGUUCCAGCGCUCCAAGGUGUUGCAGAUUCAGGCGUGUUUGCGGAUGGUGAUGGAGUGGGCGAGCAGGUCGGGUCUGGGACAUCUGGCUGACAAAUUCUUCACCAAGCUCAACAGCACUGUGUCCAUUCUUGCCACACCCCCUCAACAGCUCACACAGUUGAGUUGGCGAGCUUUGUCCAGUGAGCACCCGACUCUGAAACCUGUCCAGCUGCACAGGAUUCUCACCCAGUACCAGCUCACAGCAGAGAUAGGCCCAGUCCCAACGUGGCAAGCCAGCAGCGAGGACGAGGCAUAUAUAUACAGAACAGUGGACCUCCUGGAGAGCUUUGAGAACCACCCUCCCAUUGUGCUGCCCAGCGCCGGCUUUAGAGUGGACCUGGACAACGAGUGUGUAGAAGACAGUAUCUACAGACAGCUGCUUUACAUCCGCCACUACCUGUGGGGGCUACGCACCAAGACGCAAACACACACCAACACUCCCAGUGUGCAUACACACUCCAACGGAACCAACACAGCUGAUUGGCCGGACGUUCAGAGAGAGUUAUUGCCUCCGGCCCACAGCAGUCCCCGCUCUGGGGGUCCUGGGGACGAGGUGACGGCAGAGACAGGAGAGGAGAGAGGACGGGACAGACCCUCAGGCCAGUCACACACACACAGCCUCAGAAGGAAUGGCACUAUCCACCACCCUCGAACUGCAAAUCCAGACCCGUCCUGCCUCUUGACCCCUCCCCACACCCCGCUGUACCCGGACGGAGGAGGAGGAGGAGGAGGAGGAGGAGGAGGAGGAGGGGGAGGGGGAGGGCCCGGGCCGAUCAUAGGCCCCAACACCCAGACAAACGGCUGCACCAGCAGAACUGUGGCAGAAAGUAAAAAGACAAAUGGACUCAUCACUAAUGGACUGGAGGGGUGUAUUAGUGGGUGUGAGUUUCCUUUCCCUGUAUCCUCCCCUGGCGCCCCUCCCCUUCCUGAUGACUUGUGUGUGGUGUUUGUAGUGGAACUGGACAAGGGACCCUACGGACUAGGCAUGGGACUCAUAGACGGCCUGCACACUCCUCUCAACGCUCCAGGCAUUUACAUCCGGACUCUAAUCCCUGAUGGACCUGCGGCCUCCGAUGGCAGACUGAGGAUCGGUGAUCGUAUCCUGGCUGUUAACGGGACCAGUCUGAUAGGAGCAGACUAUCAGAGCGCGGUGGAUCUGAUACGCCUGGGAGGAGGCCGCCUACGUUUCCUGGUGGCCAAGUCCGACCCCGACGUCUCAGAGAAGAUCAGCGCCUCCUCCUGCUGACCACCUCUGAGCAACCGCUGCCCAACUAAGACGAGCACAACACACUACACGGGACUGGAGAGGUAGGACAGCAAGAUGACGACGACGACUGAUGGAACAUGGUACACACAAACACACACCCAUGCGUACAUACGCGGCAUGAAAUAGGAGUGUGAAACCCAGCGUCAGCACAGAACAAAGCCAAGAAAUCCAACUGGCGGUAACGCUCCAUGACUCCACUCCACAGCUGCCAGACCUGCUUCCCUCAUGCCAACUUCUACUGGGUUUGUGUGACAGACAGAAUCUGUAACCCACCUUGUCAUCAAAGGAAUAUCCUGUGAGGAAAGUUGCCUAAUUAUUCAGUGCUUGUGGAGGGCAAAGUCUAAAAAGCCAGUGUGCAGUCUGAUGUGGCUUAAAGCACAACAGAUUGUAGGGUUUUAAUUUCUCCCCUAUCAGCCCUUGGAAAAAGUCCAGGGUAUGCACAUGCUCCAUCUGUUUUUAGAAUAAUUUGUAUUAGUAAUUCAGACAUUAAGUAGCAUGGUAAAAAUAGCUACCCAGAUCUCAGACAAAAGGACUCUGAAACUAUAAAAUGUACUUUAGAAUUCUACUUACACAGUACUUUUAGAGUGGAAUGUUUUAUAAACCUGUUUGUUAGCAACUCCCAAAGCACUCUCACCGUCUGCUCAACAGACUAAAGGAUUGUGCAUGAAUGUUAACUUUUGUACCGGAGAGUGGGGUGAAAGAGGACGACAAGACAUACAGCCCAGCUCUCCUAUUUCACAUUUUAUCUCAUUUAACCUCAUCACUGGACUUUACCUCUACUGCAAAAGAGAUGAACUGUCGUGGUUGGACAUGCACAGAGCAUGUGCAGCUGCUGCGGGACAUUGUUUAUUAAUUACUGGAUUGUCGUCAUGUUUCUGAUGCAUAAUCCUGGGGUGUAUAAACCACAUGUGUUGUGAAUAUAUGCUGCAUGUAUUUGGUUAAGAGGUGUAAAUAGUCAUUUGUAAAUAUUUAACACUUGGUCACAUUGUUUGGACAUUCAAAAGAGAAAAUGCAUUUGGGAAACUCAUUUUCUUCGGAUAUAUUCAGUAUAUACUGAAACCUGCUGGGGGGGUAUUUUCUGGAAUGAGUCCUUUUGAGCAGGAAUACAACUUGUGCACUGCAGAAUUGGAUUUCACUUUUAACACAGGUCGUUAGCUGCACUUUUGUUGAAAGGGUAUCUAACAAAUUACAAUAAAAGUUUAUAGUUUUCUUCUAGUGGUCUCCAGCCAUGAAGAUAGAUACUUGUUUCUGCCUUUCCAGCGUCCCAGUUGCUCUGGAUAAUCUUCUGACCUCACGAUAGGUUUCAUAAGAAAGUAGUUCCAAGGAAGACUGUUCAUUAUGAGGUCUGUAGACAUUUUUUCUGGAAGAUGAUGCUUUUAAGUCACUGUUUAACGCUGUGAGCACAAAACAAAAUUCCAUUCACCUUAAUUGUAUAACCAAAAACUUAUCAGCACGGCUAGAUACCAGACAGAAAAUGUUUUUGUUAUUUGGCUUUAAAAAGGAAGUCCAACUAGUUCACCUUUUAUAAAGUCCUCAAUUCAAAGCCUAGGUCACAACAAGAGGGGGAAAAAGCCAUGCUUAGUCAGUACUAUGCUGCCUGGCCUGCUGUUCUGACCUCAGCUCCAGAGAGCUCCCCCGAGACAUCCUGGAUCCCUGUAUCAGGAGCACUGACCCUCUGCUAGCCUGUGACCAGUUCCUCUGCAGAAAGAAGAAAACAUUGCACAGGUGCAGAUCGAGAUGUGCACUGCCUCUCUAAAUAAGGAGUCAAGACGUCUCUUCUUAAACUACGGAAGGAUUAUAGGACUGUUUUUAAUGUUUACUAGGGCUGCAGCUGCGAUUAUUUUCAUUGUUAAUGAUCAUUUAGUCUGUAAAAUGUCAGAAAUUUAAAGAAAUGCGCAGCUUGUUUGUCCAACCAAAGGUCCAAAUCCCAAAAAGAUAAAAUUCUGAAGUACAUACAAAGAAAAGUGUCAAACCCACAUUAGGUACUUAAGAAAGCUGAACUAGCAAAUAUUUUGACCUGAUAAAUGACCAAAACGAUUUACCAGCAUUAACAAAUUGUUGGCGUUUUCCUGUUAUUGAUAUACAAAAUGUCCCCCCCAUCACCUUUUUGUUGUCCAUUUUUGAUUAUUUUUGUGCAUAUCAAUUUGUAUGACGUUGAUCUGAUGCAUGACUAUUCUUCUGUUCAUUAUUUAUACUGUUAAAAUUAUGGUACUUAUAAUAAAGAUUGUUGGAUACUUCCA